GCCAGCGGGAGAGGAGAAAGGGUGGGCCCGCGGGUGGGCGCGCGGUUGGGCCUGGGAGGCGGAGACCUUCGGGAAGCUGGGGCCACGCGGCGGUGCAGGCGACGGGACUGCAGUGCCACCUCUCCCCAGAAACCCACACGCUCGCACGCCCGCGCGCACGCACGUGCACACGGUGGGCAGGGAGAACACGAGCGAGAGUCUUUGAGUGCUGGGCGCGUUUUAGUGAUGGCUUCUGCUCUCAAAAGCAAAAUUAACCCGCCCGGGACUUGCCCGGGCUCCAAAGACGACGCCCGCGGUGGCACAGGCUGGAGAAUGGACUGUGAUCCCGAGAUGCACGUGAAAAUGUGCAAGAAGAUCGCCCAGCUCACCAAGGUGAUUUAUGCCCUGAACACCCGCCAGGAUGAGGCUGAGGCCAGCAUGGAGGCGCUGCGGGAAGCGCACCAGGAGGAGCUCCAGAAUGCGGUGGCAGAGACCAAGGCCAGGCUCCUGCAGGAACAGGGCUGCGCAGAGGAGGAGGCGCUUCUCCAGCGCAUCCAGGCCCUGGAGAGCGCCCUGGAGCUGCAGAAGAGGCUGACGCAGGAGGCGCUGGCUGAGUCGGCCUCCUGCAGGCUGGAGACCAAGGAGAGAGAGCUGAGGGUGGAGGCGGAGCACGCCGAGCGGGUCCUCACGCUCUCCAGGGAAAUGCUGGAGCUCAAGGCUGACUACGAGAGGAGGCUCCAGCACCUGACGAGCCACGAGGCUCCCCCGCGGGGCCGGCCGCCCCAGGAGAGCCCUGAUACCAAGUCAGAGCCAGGCCAGGGCCCAGAGAUGCAGGAGGUCCUGCUAGAGGUGCAGCGGCUGCGAGUAGAGAACCAGCAGCUCAGCAAGGACUACGCCCGCAAGGCCGAGGAGCUGCAGGCCACCUACGAGCGGGAAAACGAGGCCAUCCGGCAGGCCAUGCAGCAGUCGGUGAGCCAGGCUCUGUGGCAGUGGCAGGAGAAAGAGUCGGACCUCCGCAAGAACUUCCAGGUCCAGGAGUCGGCCCUGCAGGCUCAGGUGCGGAAGCUGGAAGGAGACCUGGAGCACAGAGGCCGCAAGAUAAGUGACCUGAAGAAGUACGCCCAGAAGCUGAAGGAGAGGAUUCAGGACCUGGAUGUGCAGCUUAAGGAGGCUCGACAGGAGAAUUCGGAGUUGAAAGGCACUGCAAAAAAACUUGGGGAGAAGCUGGCUGUUGCCAAAGACAGAAUGAUGCUGCAGGAGUGUCGUGGGACCCAGAAGACAGAUGCCAGGAAGACUGAGCUAGUUUCAGAGAACAAAGUCCUAGGGGAAGAGAAUGACUUGGAAGCCGGCAAUCUUCAUCCUCAGCAUGAUCAAAGCUGUCUCAAGGAGUGCCCUUGCGUGAAAGGAGGCACAGAUAUGCAGACCAAGAAAGAGGCAAGUGCUGAGACAGAAUAUAUGAAGCAACAAUAUGAAGAAGACCUUCGUAAAAUCAAACAUCAGACAGAAGAGGAGAAGAAACAUCUCAAAGACCAGCUAGUGAAGCGACUGGAAGACUUGGUAAAGAAGCACACCGUGGAAAUCAAAUCCGUUCGCUCAUCUGUGGAGGCCGAAAGAAAGAAACUGCAGAAGGAAGUAGAAGCACAGCUGGAGGAAGUGAGGAAGAAAUCAGAAAAGGAGAUAAAGCAGCUGGAAGACGAGAAAGCCGCCCUCAAUGUGAAGCUCCAGAAUUCUCUGCUCGAGGUUUUAAGGCUGGAGGAAUUUAUCCAACAAAAUAAGGCACGCCCCACAAGAGCUGAGGAAAGGCCCCAGGAAUUAGGCUGCCAGCGCUGCAGCAUUCUGGAGACCCAGGAUCCAUGCUUGAAGCUGGAUGAAACUUCGCCGAGAGGAGAGGAGUAUCAAGAUAAGUUAGCAGCUGAAGAAGGAACCAGCAGUGAUGAAGAAGAAAGGACCGAAGAGCUUCUCAAGGAGGGAAGUGACCCACAACCUCCACUGGGCUCUUUGUUGAAGGAGAAAACAUCCGAAAUCCCUCGUCUACAGGAGGACUGGCAAAGCCAGAAGGCCAAAUUGCAAGCCCAGGUCUUGCAGAUGCAGCAGGCUCUGGAGCAGUGCACCAGCAACUACAGGGAGGACCUGCAGGCGCUCAAGCAGCUCUCGGACCUUGAGAGGGAGAAGCUGCAGCGUGAACUCCAGGAGACCACUCAGCAGAACCAGGCUGUGAAAGCCCAGCUCGAGGCUUCCCACCAGAGAGCCCUGCGCAUGCUGGAGAAAGCCAGACAUCAGGAACUCAAGGCCACAGAGGAACGCUUGAAGAAGGAAUCCAGCCACAGCCUCCAGAUCCAACACCAGGCACACCGGCUGGAGCUCCAGGCCUUGGAGGAAAAGGCCAGGCAAGAGCUGCAGGAGGAGCGUGAGAGGAUGCAGGCACAGCAGGCCCUGCUGCUAGAGUCCCUUAGGCAGGAGCUGUCGGAGCAGCAAGCUGCCUGCUCUGGGCACCAGAAGGACUUGGAGGCACUGCAGGCCGAGCUGAGGGCUCUGGGCAGACAGCAAGCCAGCAGCCAGUGUCCAGGAGACAGCGAAGACCACAUCAUCACCACAGAGGAGCGGGGCGGCCCGGGCCAGACCGGCUCCCCACCGGGCGCUGAUGGGCAGGGUUCCAGCGAGGGAUGCGGGCUCUGGGAGGAGAACGCGCAGCUCCAGGACGCGGUGCGGCGGCUGCGCGCGGAGGUGGAGCAGCAUCAGCAGGAGGCGCAGCAGCUCCGCGACCAGCGCAGGUUGCUGGAGGAGACUCAGCAGGCCCUGCGGACCAGGGAGGUGGAGACGCUCCGCCAGGAACACCGGAAGGAGAUGCAGGCCAUGGUGGCAGACUUCAGUAGUGCCCAGGCCCAGCUCCAGGCCCGGCUGGCUGCCCUGGAAGCCGAACUGAAAGAUUCCGGAGAGAAGCCAGGGAAGGGAGCGUCCAGGCCAGAGGACCUUCAGCUUAUAGGCCGCCUGCAGACUCGCCUGAAGGAGAGAGAGGACAUCAUCAAGCAGCUCACGAAAAAGAAGAUGGAGGACGUGCCCAGCCGUGUGGUCAGCGUGCCGAACCUCGCUUCCUAUGCAAAGAACUUUCUGAGUGGCGAUCUGAGUUCCAGGAUUAAUGCCCCUCCAAUAACUAAAUCACCCAGCUUGGACCCAAGCCCCAGCUGUGGCCGGCCCUACAAACCCAACCAGUCUACAGAUGCAAAAACUGCCACAAGGUUGUAGGGGAUGUUGGGGGCAGAGGCCCUUAUUGUAUUUCCCCGUAGACAAGAGGGAAAUUAGGGUUCUUUCUGGCACCUGCUAAUUACCCGGCAUUUGGGCGAUAUAAAGAGUAGUAAAACAAGCCCUGCCUUUGAAAAAUGGUAAUUUAGCCAAAAGGGAAGACUGUAAGAGAAGGGAAUUAUGUCAUUCUUUGGAAGGGGUACUAUUCCUGGUACCAAAUUCCAGAAGGCCUUUUUCCAUGGAUGAUUAGACAAGGGACACUGAAUCACUUAGCUGAAAACUUCAGCAUGGGUUAUACAAAAGGUGGACUCUAUCUGGCCUGGAGGUCUGAAUUCAAAUUAGUCUUCCUCAUUCUCAGCUGUGUGGCCUUGGACAGGUCACUUGACCUCCGGGUCUCCAUAUCCUUCCCUCUAAAUUUAAGAUAAUACAGCACCUAUCUCAUCAGACUGAUGUGAGACUAAAGGAAUUAAUUCAUAGGAUGUGCUUAGCACAGGACUUGGCACAGAAAUCUUC